UUAACUAAUAAAAACCAAUGGCAGCAUUUAUUGAGUCACCCAUUGAUGGAUUAAAUACUAUAAUUUAGAACCUUUGAGUGGUAGGAAAAAACAAAAGAAAUUGAAUUAUAAUUUUUGAGGUGAAAGCAGAACCCUAAGCGUGAAUUGUGAUUAGACAUGAACAAAACAGAAGAGAAGAUAAAGAGAUACGUGGGGUAGGGUGUAGUAUUAUUUUUGUAUAGUAUACUACAGGUUAAUUAAUUAAUUCAUUCAUACAUUUGGCACGCAUACUGAGAAAUUAAGCGCGAAAUGAAGAAGACAACAAAACGGUCUUCGAAGAAGUCUCACCUAACCGAAAAUGGAAACGGCGUGCCUCCCUCUCCUUCAUCCCAACCGCAACCGGAUGAUGGGGGAGAAAGAACGGUGAAGAAGGUUAAAUUAUCGAAGGCUCUCACCAUUCCCGACGGUACAACGGUUUCUGAAGCAUGUAGACGAAUGGCCGCUCGCCGCGUAGAUGCUGUUUUGUUAACUGAUUCCAGUGCUCUGCUUUCCGGAAUUCUCACUGACAAGGAUGUUGCUACUAGAGUUGUUGCGGAGGGGUUAUUACCGGACGAGACAACCGUGUCGAAAGUAAUGACACGGAAUCCUAUCUUUGUUACAUCAGAUACACUAGCCAUUGAUGCUCUUCAGAAGAUGAUUCAGGGUAAAUUCAGGCACCUCCCUGUGGUGGAAAACGGUGAAGUCAUUGCCAUAUUGGAUAUCACCAAAUGUCUUUAUGAUGCCAUAGCUAGGGUGGAGAAGGCUUCUAAGCAAGGUAGUGCCAUUGCUGCUGCAGCUGAGGGGGUGGAAAAUCAGCGAGCUCCAAAUGCUUUCAUUGAUACACUGAGGGAGCGCAUGUUCAAGCCUUCCUUGUCAACUAUACUUGGUGAAAAUACAAAGGUUGCUAUUACAUCAGUAUCAGAUUCUGUCCAUGUAGCUGCAAAAAGGAUGCAAGAGUUGCGUGUCAGUUCAGCUGUGAUUGUAACGGAAAGCAAGAUUAAAGGAAUAUUGACUUCAAAAGACAUUCUUAUGCGUGUUAUGGCUCGAAAUCUUUCCCCAGAUUUGACCCUUGUUGAAAAGGUAAUGACUCCAAACCCAGAGUGUGCAUCAGUAGAGACAACAAUUCUUGAUGCUCUGCAUAUGAUGCAUGAUGGGAAGUUCUUAAAUCUUCCUGUGGUGGACAAAGAUGGAAAUGCUGUUGCUUGUGUGGAUGUUUUGCAGAUAACUCAUGCUGCAAUUUCUCUGGUUGAAAGUAGCUCUUCUGGAAAUGUUAAUGAUGUGGCAGGCACAAUUAUGCAAAAGUUUUGGGACUCAGCUUUUGCUCUUGAGCCUCCUGAAGAUUAUGACACUAACAGUGAAAUCUCUGGACAGCUGACUUUGGAUGGGGCAGAUACCACAAAGUCAAUGUAUCAAUCUGCAGGUUUUGGAAAUUCAUUUACUUUUAAAUUUGAGGAUCUCAAUGGUCAAGUGCAUCGUUUCAACUGCGGAUCUGAACAUCAAGACGAGCUUGUAUCAGCAGUUAUGCAAAAAAUUGGUCCUGUUAAUGAUGGAGAACGCCCUACACUACUGUAUGAAGACGAUGAAGGAGAUAAAAUUAUUAUUUCAACUAAUAAUGAUCUUGCCGCUGCUGUCAGCUAUGCGAGAUCUGCAGGACUGAAGGCUCUAAAGUUGGAUUUGGUUUUUGCUGAUUCUAGCAAACAGAUAAAACCAAACACUGAUACAGCCACCAAACAGAAAACCAGCGUAGUGUCUCUCCGCUCUGGUAUUUUUGCAGGUGCUGUUGUUCUAACAAGCAUCGGUAUAUUGGUCUACUUAAAGCGCGCCAAACAGUGAUAUGUUUGCCAGUUUGUACAAAACAUGCAGUACAUACUGCAUAAUUAGAGCUCUAUUUAAAAUCAAAUAUUUUAUGUACACUGAAUAGGUGAAUGAUGUGAAGCUCCUCCAAUCGCCAUUUUAUUUUUUUUCAGUCUCUGAUGUAAGUGCACCCAGUAACCUCUUGUUUGUACAAGUGAGUCUAUGUCGAGAUAACCUCGUGGCAUGCAAUAAUCAAAUGUCACAGUAUUCUUCUAUUUAUCAACUUAUUCAGUUAAAAAGAGAAAGAAAGAAAAAAACUCCCAUAUUGGAAUAUCUGCAACAUUUCAGGCCAGUGAUGUUCAGUAAUCAGUUUUAACUUUUUGAUCAAAAAAUAAUACGUGUUAGGCAACAAUUGAGAACAUUGUAAAAUAAUAUAUUAUAUCUUGUCUAGAAUAUCGACUAUCUGACUGGAUCAGCCCCUUUUGAUUCUGGUGCGGUUUGAUUAUGGAUUGCUGAGGGCUUGUUACUA